AUGCUACUCACCGUGGUGGACGAGCAUGAACCGGCUCCGCUUUUUCCCCCCACUCCAGACGCCCAGGAUUGUGCACUUGAAAAAUUCCCCCCUUCCGAAGACAAAAGCUCCCGCGGAGCCUUUUCCCCCCGUCAGGCGGGCUGCAGCACCCCCCCCCCCCCGGUGCUCUGCGGGCGUCAGGCUCAGCUGACCGCCGCUGUGGUCAUUCGACACUCUUUGACGGGGAAAGGCUCGACCCGCUUGUUCUCGUCUGAGCUCAGCGAGACGAGAUCCCGGGUCUCAGUGCUCGGUGCUCCGCUGACAAACCACCGGAACUACUUCCAACGCCAGCCGGAGCACAACACCUCAGGUACUCACGGCCCUGGCUUGAGCAGCGUGGCGGCUGAUCUCUGCCCGCCGCGUUCGGGACGUGUGUUUUUUUACUUCGGUGUGCCCACUGACUCUGCCUGUAUCUUGAGGUUUUUACCUUUUCUUUUGUUCUACACGGUUUGUCUGGCAUGUUUCGUUGUGCGAUCUUUUCAAAUUGUGUGCAUCUUUAAAAUAGCUGCCAAGCUCCCCAAACUCCUCAAUCUGUGGAUGAAAUAUCACGGCCAGUGGCUGCUGAUCUCUGUGGCUUUCCUUAUUCAGGUAGUCUUACUGACCAUUGGCUAUUCCACUGCCCCACCCAAACCUUACAAUGAUACCUUUUGGUACGCAGACAGAAUCAUACUUGGUUGCGACCUCAGUCUUCAAGGAACAUCUGGACCUCUGGUUCUGCUUUCGACGUUGUGCUGCCUUUGCUUUAUCUUCUCCUACAUGGGAAAAGACCUUCCAAAAAAUUACAAUGAGGCCAAAGCGAUAACCUUCUGCCUCUUCCUGCUGGUCCUCACCUGGAUCAUCUUUGCUACUGUUAGCAUACUUUACCAUGGAAAAUACAUCCAGACUUUUAACGCUCUUGCUGUACUCUCCAGUCUUUACUCGUUUUUGUUGUGGUAUUUCCUCCCAAAGUGUUACAUCAUCCUUUUUCAACCCCACAAAAACACACAGCAACAUUUCCAAGGUCUCAUUCAGGAUUAUACCAAAACUUUUAGCCAGUAG